UACAUGUAAAACUGAUUAUAUAUAACUCUAAUUUCUUAUCAUCUUUCUCGAGAAAUUAAAAAGAAAAAAAAAUCAUCUUUAUCUGAAAUCCAAAAAACCCAAACAGAAAAUCAAGAUGUUCGGCGAACUCCGGCAUGAGUCGGCGAUCCAGGCGCCGGCCGCCGUCGUAUGGCAGCUCUACGGCGGCCUUGAGCUGGGACGACUUGUCGAGAAUCGGCUCUGGAAUCUAAUCCAGAAAGUUGAGGUGGUUGAAGGAGAUGGAGGAGAAGGAACUGUUCUUAAUCUCAUUUUCCCACCAGGUUUAGGUGCCACAAGUUACAAAGAGAAGUUCACAAAGAUAGAUAAUGAGAAGCGAAUCAAAGAAACAGAAAUAGUGGAAGGAGGAUUCUUGGAUCUUGGCUUUACUCUUUAUAGAGUUCGGUUGAAGAUAAUUGAGAAAGAUGAUGAUACCUCCAUUGUUGAAUCCACAAUUGAAUAUGAGCUCAAGGAAGAAGCUGCUGCAAAUGCCUCUCUUGUUACCAUACAGCCUCUUAUAGACAUUGCUGAAGCUGCAAAUAGUCAUCUCCUUGACAUCCAAAAAGCCUAAAGAUAUAUGUAAUAUGAUGUUUAAUUUACUCUCCAAGAAGAAAAAGGCUGUUAGAAAUCCUUGAUAAUGUUACCUAAUUUAUUUGAGUUUGUUUGUGAUCUUUAAUCUUGAGAAUAAAUGUGAGGAACUUUUGGAAAA